CCCAAAUGCCCCACCUCGAGAACUACCUCAGUACUCCCUAUCAUCAGUCUCGAUAGGUGGCGCCGGCAUGCCGUUGUCCCGCUGCGUGACCUGGUCAUCAUCCUCCUGCGCGCCGUCUGUGUCGACAUCCUCGGCAUCGUCUCCACCGUCACCGCCGGCAUCAAAGGACUGGGGGCCGGGCAUGGGGUUCUCGCGCUUCUCGAGGUCGUUGUCGUCAUCAUCGUCCUCCUCCGGGGCGUCUACAACGUCUACGACGUCGGCGUCAUCGGUGUUGUCAUCGUUGACAACGUCGGGGUCGUCAAAGACAGGGAGGCCGGGCAUGUGGCUAUCGCGCCGCGCGACGGCCUGGGGCCCGUUGUCCUCAUCCUCCAGCGAGUCGUCGUCGUCGACGACGUCGGGGUCGUCAAAGACGGGGGGCGCCGGCAUGGCGUUGUCGCGCCGAGCGACCUCGUUGCCGUUAUCAUCAUCAUCAUCAUCGUCAUCCUCCUCCUCCUCCUCCGGGGCAUCCAGGUCUGCGACGUCGGGGUCGUCAAAGACGGGGGGCGAUGGCAUCUGGUUGUCGCGCCGCGCGACGGCCUGCGGUCCGUUGUCCUGCGGCCCGUUGUCCACCGCCGGCGGGGAUGGCAUCUGGUUGUCGCGGGGCAGGCUGCUGCUCAGGGGCAUGGCGGCCGCGGCCGUGGCGAGGGCGAGGAGGAGGUGGGUGGGAUGCAUCUUGAGAGGGGUUUGGGGCAGUUGGGUUGGGUUGGUUGGGUUGGUUCAAGGCGGUGGGGUUGCUGGCUGACUGUUGGCUGUUGGCUGGCUGAGAGGGAGGCUUGGUUGGGGAUGUUGAUGGUGACCUGGACGGAUGGUGGACGCCCAGUGAGGGGGCCAUUAUAUAGGACUUCAUCACCGAUGCUAUCAUAUCUGUCUUCUUCGCUUUGUUGUUGGUUCUGUGACGGUGUUGAAGAGCCGCGGCCCGACGGGUGGAAUGCUGACCCGGCAAGGUGUUGUAGAGGUUACAUGGAGAGGUGAGGGCCACAAAGCGGAGGCUUGGCAACGGCGUGGUGGUGAAGGAAGCUGAAUGGUGAUGGGGCGGCCAGCCGACACUAAGACUGGUCUGGCCAAUGGUAGCUGAAGACAGAUCUAUAUUGGGAAAGUCGGCCGCUGGUAUUGGGUCAUCCUUCUCGCCGCGAACUAUGCCUGUUGUGACAACAUAAAUAUGGA